AUGACGAAGGCGCACAAGAAAUAUCGAUACUCUACCGUCGUGCUUUCUCUAAUUUUGGACAUUGUCUUUAACGUCGAGAAUCAGGAUGAAUUCAGCGACAAUUUCUACGUGACGCUGGCGCCGUUUAUCGCUUGCUGCAAGAUGUGUAACUUUUUAAUAAAUCGAGCCAACGUUGCAGCUUUGGUUGACAACCUUCGAAGGGAACCGUUCGCCCCCGCGAAUGCCGAGGAAAUCGAAAUUCUAACGAGAUAUGACAAAAUUACCGAAUGGAAUACGAUGGCCUACACUAUUUUAAUCGAAUCGUGCAUCGUGUGGAUAUGGGUAACGUCAUUUUUCACAGAUUUAAAGUGUAAAAAAUUGGUAUACCGGGCAUGGCUACCUUACGACUAUUCUUCGUCGCUUUUGUACGCUGUUACCUACGCUCAGCAGGCUGUAGGUAUAACGAUCUGCUCGCUUUUGAGCGUGGCUUACGAUACUCUGUACAGCGGUAUGUUGAUCCACACGUAUUGCCAGCUGGAAUUACUUGGACAUCGUUUGAAACGUGUCGUAAAAGAAGACAUCGACUCGGUCAAACUGUGUGCUCGUCACCAUCGCAGCAUAUACCAAUUUGCCGGAAUGGUGAACCAAACGUUUAAAUCGAUGGCAUGCACUCAAUUUUUGGUGAGCACGUCGAUCGUGUGCUUCAAUCUUUAUCGUUUGACGCAACGUGACUUGGGCUCGAGAGUGUUCGAAACGGUGUUCUACGGGAUUUGCAUGCUCACAGAGAUAUUUUACUAUUGCUGGUAUGGGAACGAAGUUAAACUAAAGAGUCUCGAAAUUUCUAAUAUAAUAAUGGAAAGUGAUUGGACGUCUCUGAAUGUCAAGUCUAAGAAGAUUCUUCUAAUGAUUAUGAGACGUGCAACGACGCCUAUCGAAUUCAAAGGCAUCCACGUUGUGUCGAUGAACCUCGAGUCUUUCAUGAUGUUACUCAAGACUUCAUACUCGGUGUACAACAUGCUCCAACAAAGUAACGAAUAAAGUCUCGAAAUUCCUGACAUGAUAAUGGAAAGUGACUGGAUCUCGUUGGAUACUGGCGCUAGAAGGACCUUCCUAAUUAUCAUGAACCGAGCAACGGUGCCCAUCGAAUUCAGAAGCGCUCACGUUGCUACGAUGAACCUCGACUCUUUUAUGGCAAUACUCAAGACUUCUUACUCGGUGUAUAACGUGCUUUUACAAGGCCAAGAAUAA